AUGGAAGUACUCAGCAUUGGAGUCAAAGGUCAUUGGGCAUACAUGCAAGUUGGCCAGAAGCAUGAAGAAGAAAAACAAGCUGUUCCAGUGGAGGGACCUUCUCUGAUCCCUAUAUACCUCAUUCUCUGGUCAGCUCUAAGAAAAUUGCAAAAA